CAAAUUUGUACUACAAGGAAAGAGUGAAAAUUUUAAUAUUUGGAUUAUUUUUUCAUCCCAUUUUCCUUGUACAAAUCUGUUUCGAUCAUGUACUUAUCGAUCUUCGAUCAAUCUUACUUUUUACGUGUAUGACAAACUCGAUGAGCUCUACAAAACGAACGAUUUCAGUCAUUAUUGUGACCCAAAACUGGAUCCCAAACUGGACCAAUAAAAUUGGACGGGAGCUGUCCCCAAACUAUGACGGUCCAAUCCAUUUCUUCUUUAGAUCCGGUGAAACCCAUUUGAUAUUCGAUCCGGUGCAACCCAUUUGAUAUUAGCUUGACUUCUUCAUAAAUGAAAAAAAUCGGGUCAACCCUACCCGAACCGCAUCAGCGCUUUCCCAAGGUCUUGUUACGAAUUCAGGCCGAUGGAUCGUGCCGUCAAAGCUUCAGUUCAGACGCGAGCGAGAGAGAGGUAGAGGGAGAGAGAGAGAGAGAUGGGCUAUGCCAAGGAUCAGUUGCUCGCACGUUUAAAGGAGCUUCAUAUUGAUUUUACCAAGUACGAUCAUCCAGUUGUUUUGACGGUGGAAGCUCAGGGCAAAUAUGUAAAAGGUGCACUGAGCAAGAAUCUUUUCUUGAAGGAUAAGAAACAUAGGUUCUACCUUGUUUCAGCUUUGAAAGAUACCAAAGUAGAUCUUAAGGUUCUAUCUCAGAGACUUGGUCUGGGAAAAGCAGGUUUAAGAAUGGCUCCUGAAGAAGCACUACUGGAAGUACUUCAGGUGCCUCUGGGCUGUGUUACACCUUUUGCACUAGUGAAUGAUUCAGCCCGGCAUGUCUCCUUGUUGUUGGAUAAAGGAUUUAAGGAUCACGAGAGCUGCUUCUUUCACCCAUUGUCUAAUGAUGCAUCAAUUUCUCUUAAUGCCCUCGACCUCGACAAAUUUCUAAAAUCCAUAGGAAAAGAUCCGUCCUAUGUCGACCUGGAGGCCAACCCUUCAGUUGGUAAGGAUCAACCUCCUGAUCUAGCAUAUCUUGUUCCAUCUGAUGCCAUAGUCCUGGAAGAAGGUCCUACAGAAAAAGCAGGUCCUUCAAAAGGUCCUGAAAGUAGCCAUAUUGCCGUGAAUAAUAAGCCCACAUCGGUUGCAGGAAAAGCGUGUAAGUCAUCCAGUGAAACCCAAAAGGAGAAACCUAUCACUUCCAAAUUGCCCAGCUUUUUUGCUGAUCCUGAGAAAUUUGUCGAAGAAAUACUAGAGAGAACGUCUGCAAUAGUUCUUAAAGAGGUCAGUACAGUAUAUCUUAUUUCAUUGCUACUUCAAGGCCUUCAUGGUCUUGGCCUGAAAAUGCACAUAAUACAGAUCAAGGAAGAGACUAUUAAGCAACAUGGGGAACAGCUUGGUGCUCUCGUAUCAAACAGUAUCAGAAAAGAUCUUAGCUUGGAUUUCACUAAUCUGACUGUGAGUUUUUCCUCUGUUUCUUGCUAUUUAACAAGUAAUAUACUGAGAGUACAUUGGCAGUCCCUAAGUAAGUGUUGUAUCCUUUAUGAGUCUUAAUUAGGGAAAUGAUUGGGUUCUUUACCACUCAUAUUGGACAUUGGGAGCAGUUACCCUAUUUGGUCAUGCAAACACGAAAAGUGAACUCUUGAGUGAUUUUAGACCUUGUGAUUGGACAUCUUCUUUGCCCCUUGAUUUGGUAUGGUCAAACAAUUAGUUACUGUUAUCUUUAGGGGGUUGGUUGCGUUUGCAAAUCAGUGGCGGCUCCAAAAAAAUUUAGAACGCUGUUAAUAAAUACUUAUGCUCUACUACCUAUUGGAACCACGACCAAAUAAACAAAAAUUUGUUUUUAAAUAUGAACAUUUGUACCCAAAAACAACCAAGUAUGAGAGAGAUUACAAUUGGCCUCAACAAGUUUUCAUAUAUUGAAACCGUUUCAUAAUAGCCUCACCAUUAACGGUAUCACAUACAUCACUCUCAAUAUGAGUAAACAAGCAAUCAUUCAUCCGUAGAUCUCCCAUUCGAUUGAGCAGAUUGCUCUUUAUGUACUUCAUCGCUGUGUUCAACUAUUUUUGGGAUGAGUGUUCAACAAUUCGUGUGAUUGGGUGUUCAACUAUUGUUCGGUUGAGUAAAAAAAUGAAAAAAAAAGAAGUAAAAUUACUACAUUUAUUCGAACUUUUUUUCCUCUCUCUUAGGGUGUUCAAGUGACCACCUUUCAAUAGGUGUGGAGCGUCCUAUAUGCAAAUGCAACCAAACAUCUCACUUCUUGUCAAACUAUUAUCAUUUUCUUUGAUGAAAGUUAUUGCAAAUACAAAUGAACCAUCUGACUAUAUCGAUGGAAGAUAGAAUCUUACUGCAAAAUAUGCCAUUCUGUGUUCUUAGAUUAAUCGUAGUGUUUGCUGCUAGGCCAUUGUUAUCACACCCACUUGCAAACACAUUGCCCUUAAAAUUUUAAUCAACAAACGUAUAAAAGCCCCUUGACAUAUGGUUUUUUACUUAUCUUCACCAUUUUUCAUUUCUCAUCAUUAUUUUUUACAAUUAUGCAAUGCCACUAUCUACACUUCAUUUUUCUUUCAUGUUAAUAUUCUCCUUAUAUUUUUUGGCUAAACAGACAGGUUGCCGAUUUGCUUAGGGUUUUCACAUUUGUUUUUCCCUUUUCAUGUAUAUUUCGAGCUUUUUAAUUAAUUUGGCAGCAGCUGACAAGUUGAUAUCUUAAACGCAGACGAUACUAAAAAACACAGCAUAUACAGAAGGUUUUCAUGCCGGUACUCAACAAAAAGGUUCCAGAUGUCCAUAAUCAUAUUGGAUGUACUUACGGCGGGAAUCAUCUGUCGAAGAUGGCAAUUUGUUACUAUUGCUAGAAAACUCAGAAAGAGUUGUCAGCAAACUCAGCAUUACCUUCGGCCGCCACUUUCAAUAGUUUUUUCAAAUCUUCCAUAACACCUCAAAUCAUUAAGUGUAAUUUGUACUAAAGUUGAUCUUGGCUUUCAAGUCCUUACAAGUAGGAGUUGCUUUUGGUAGCGAAACCUUUACUUCACAGGCACAGUGACUGUAAUCAAAAUCCUCUCUCUGACCUGGGUGCAGUUAUGCAGAAUGUUUGAUGAUAUAUAAUCCGUUUAUUUUUGUGAGAA